CUUCAAUACCAUCAUACCUGAACAAUAUCAUAAGUCAAUGGCACGAGGAGCCAUUCCUAGAACCAGUUAGCGCGCAGGGUCAUGUUUGAGUCUCCGCUGCAGCGAAAUCCUCCCAAUCGAAGCGCUGGUCCCCCAAAAGCACCGCGCAUCUACAACUGCUGGACCCUUAGCUGAGGAGCUAAGUUGCCGCCAUGUAUUGGCCCAUUGGAACACCACGCAUCCAUGCUACCAGCAGCAGUCGAGCUCCAGCCUUUAAGCUUGUCGUUUCUCAUGAUGGUCUUACAGGCCCCUCCGAUUCCAGUUUAACGCCAUCGCCUGGUCCUCCAACUUCUCAAUCUCAAGGUCACACCAUUGAUGACCUCGACUCUCAACCCCCACCGACCCCGAUAACACCAGGAAUCCGACCUGUCGAGCACGAUGACUAUACAUCAAGUAGACCGCCGCAAGCUUCUGGAAGUACCGAAACAGAAGGAAUUCCUGUUAAAGAUCCCAUACUGGCGUUGCGAGUUUCACGUUCCGGAAAUCUGUUUGCUGUUAUCACAACAACUUCCAUUACAGUCUGGCAGACCAAACCUGCUGUUAUCCUAGCUGUGGUUAUUCGAUCAGAUUAUUCCCUGGAAACAUACGGCAGAAAUGUCGACCUGUUACUGAGACCUGACGCUGCCAUCCUCGUUAUACAUACAGACCAGGGCUAUCUCAUCACUUACUCCUUGGCUACUGAUCCCGACUCGCGCGUAUACAAACCUCAUUUCGCGAAUUACAGCAAUGUUCAGCGAAGGAGACAGAGCCUCAUCGGAAGCCUCACCGGCCUACCACCAGAGCAAAUAUUAUGGGGCGCUGGCGAAGGCCCAGGGGUUCGCGACCUCAGUGUUCGCUUUAGAAUGGUGAUUAAGGUCGAUGCCGGAAUUGAGAGCGCACUCGCUCUUGACGACGAGCUGAUAGUUGCAACAAGGAAGCCCGCGGCUGUGCAAUGUAUCCGCUGGACACCGGACAGUACGGGCUCACAGACGAGAACCGAGAUAAUUAGUCGAAUGGGAUGGGUCGAGAAGAAGGCAAGCAUCGUUGAGAUGACACAUGAUCGUCCAAUGAACCUCUUGACAUGGAUUACGAGCAGCGGACGAGCAUAUGCGGUCCAGCGCUACAAUCAUCGAGCAGAGAGCAGCCAGGUCGACGACGCGGAUGCUAAGCGACUCUUCAAAGGCCACUGUUUCCAUGUUCCACAAGGCGAACACGAUCACGCCACUGCAGCGGUUAUAAAUGCAAGAUUUUCUCUCAUCGCCAUUGGUUGCUGCGACGGGACAGUACAGGUAUACUCCGUCCGUGACUAUGCAGGCAACAUCCCUCAUUCACAUACCCAUCAAGUCCCUGUGUCAACGGCAUCUUCAGGAGCAUUCACCAGUCUGAGUUACUCACCCGAUGGUUACUGCCUUUUCGCGGGGUUUCAAAAAGGUUGGUCUACCUGGAGUAUGUUUGGUAAGAUUGGAAGUCAUAGUUUUGGAUCUGAAGAGACAACCUCACGCGCCAAUGGAGAAGAAUGGUUAACUGGACUUUCCGGGGCUACUUGGGUAGGGGGCGGCUCCGAAAUCCUGAUGACAGGACGCAAGCAUGAAGCUAUAUGGUCCCUGGAGAUGGCCAAGAAUGCCGUUACCGGGUGUUACAAUGAGGCAAAUGUCUUCCGGACCGUGCUGCAGACUCCUUCAAGUGUGAUGAUCUACAGAGGCUAUGAUGUUCCAGAUCUUACCAGCAUCUCGGCAGAGCCAUUCCUAUGGCAUACGGCAAAGGUUCCUCCCACAUAUCUCUUGAACCAAUGGCCGAUACGGCAGACUGUCAUCUCUCCCGAUGGCCGCUACGUAGCUGUGGCUGGCCGACGGGGACUCGCCCAUUACAGCGUCAAUAGCGGCCGCUGGAAGACAUUCGCCAACGAGGUUAUGGAGAAUGAGUUCCAGGUCAGAGGCGGCAUGUGCUGGCAUCAACACAUUCUUGUUGCUGCAGUAGAAGCCAACAGAAGGUUCGAACUACGACUGUUCUCGCGCGAGACAGCCCUCGAUUCGGCCCAGAUACUGCAUACUCAGACAAUCCCAGCCCCUGUGGUCCUUGUGACCACCUCUGGCGAGGACUCGCUCCUUGUCUACACCUACGAAAACUUACUGUAUCAUUUUAUUUUUACCCCACAUGGCGGCUCUAUACGACUCAUACAAGUAGGCCAGAUUGCGUUUCAUGGCAUUGUCAGAUCUCCAGCUCGAGUGAGGGGACUGAGCUGGAUAUUACCCGAUACGCAGUUGACAGACGGCGACCCUUCUCAGGAUGUUGCCGUUGCCUCGGUGAUAUUUCUUGUCGACGGAAAGCUUGUACUACUCCGGCCGUCCUUAAACGACGAGGGCCAGCUGAAAUAUGACAUGCGUGUCAUCGCACAAAACGUGGAGUACCACGCCAGUGUCCGGGAUCAGCCAUUGCGAAACCUGAACCGACAGCUCGAAGACAACCCCUUACGGGACGGACCGCCAGCACUAAAAGACUCUCUGUGGGUAUUUGACGGAAUGGAGCUCAAGGCCUGGCCAGACAUCAGCCAAGUUCUAGAUGCGGCUGGCGACAAUGGCAAGGAACCGCCAUCUCCAGUCUCUAUUCCCGUCGACUUCUACCCCCUAUCAGUCCUUUUGGAAAAGGGCAUCGUGUUGGGAGUUGAAUCGGAUCUUGUCCAGCGUCGCGAUGUGAACUUCUCGUACUUUCAUUUCGCUAUCAGGACACAUCUCAUACUUCCAGACCUACUGCGGUUUUAUCUAAGGCAAAGCAGAUCAGUUGAAGCCUCGAACCUGGCCCACCAGUACAAAGAGCUUGAGUAUUUUGCGCAUGGGCUUGAGAUAUUGUUACAUCGUGUGUUAGAUGAGGAAGUUGAUACAUCUCCGAAGCCUGUUGAUGCCGUGCUACCUCGCGUUCUAUCACUUUUAUCCUCAUUCAAGGAGUAUCUUGAUAUUGUGCUGCAGUGCACACGCAAGACCGAAGUUCGGCAAUGGAAAACAUUGUUUGCAUACCUCCCGCAGGCACAAGAACUCUUUGAAGAGUCGUUGCAAAGAGGUUCAUUGAAGACAGCAGGUGGGUACUUAAUUAUAUUACAUACACUGGACGAACUGGGGUCAUCAACCGAACAGUCGGUGCGACUUCUGUCUCGCGCCAUGAGGGAAGGCGAUUGGGAAUUGUGUAAAGAACUUGCACGGUUCCUGGCAGCUAUGGAUGAAACUGGUGAAACGUUGCAAGAAGCCAUGAGGAUGGUGGAGGUGUCACUUAAGCAAGAAUCGGGACAAGACAGUAUUGGAAGUCGACUCCAGAUUCCGUCAUCGCGCGUAACAAAUGGAGGAGGGAGUGGCUUGACCAGCGGCGACGAGGACGGGGCCUCGGAAUCAGAUAGACGGUCUGGUAGCGAUGGAGGUAGUGUCGCUUCGACGAUCAGUGCCACCUAA